ACGGUGUUGUUUUCGGCAAAACUACCCUGACAAUUAUGCGAGUCAAUUGGCUCCAAUCCUGCUUUUCUUUCGAUACUCUAUAUCACAGAAUUCUCUGGAAAAUCCAAAAUUCAUUGUUGGCCUGGAGAACUAAAUGGAUGACAUAAUCGGCUGAUCAGAUCACGUUAUUGCCGAGGCUCGGUGGACCACGAUGCUUCUCAUCUACCCCAUCUUGAUUACUACAAGUGUAUAAACUCAACCGAUGAGAUUAUCCUGUGUUUGAACGUUUUUCUAAAUUACAAACUUAAUUGGCGGGGUAUUGUGUUGCGAAUUCCCCGCAUCUAGAUCACAUUCAGCCUCCGAGAUACUAGAGUAUCCCAAUUUAUUCAUUAAAGCUCGCCAUGGCUACACAGCUGGUGCCGCUGCCGGAAGUAGAACGACUGAGUGCGUCAGUCUUGAGGAUAUUGGGAGGAAACCCAGGAAAAUUUACUUUACAAGGAACAAAUACAUAUCUCAUUGGUCGCGGGCCACGGCGUCUGCUGAUCGACACUGGAGAAGGCCUUCCUCGAUGGUCUACCCUCCUCCAAUCCGUCUUGACCGACGAGAAAGCAACUGUCCAUGAGGCACUGAUUACGCACUGGCAUCACGACCAUGUCAACGGGAUCCCCGACUUGCUUCGAAUCUGCCCUCAGGCUACUGUCUACAAGCACCAACCGAGUGACGGGCAAGUAGAUAUCUACGACGGACAGGUUUUUAAGGUAGACGGAGCUACGUUGAAAGCCUUUCACACUCCAGGUCACGCCGUGGACCAUAUGAGUUUUAUCUUCGAGGAAGAAGAUGCGAUAUUUACGGGUGACAACGUUCUCGGCCAUGGAACUGCAGUCUUUGAGGACUUGAAUACGUAUAUUAGCAGCUUAAACAAAAUGAAAGUGGCAGUCUCAGGCCGCGCCUAUCCUGGUCAUGGGGCAGUUAUUGGAAGCGCGACGGCGAAAAUAACCGACUACAUCAAGCAUCGCCAGCAGCGAGAAGACGAGGUAUCGCGAGUGCUUAAGUACGGCACAGUGGACAUCGAUAGGUCGUCACCCAACCCGGAGCAAGUCUCCAGCUGGACGCCGAUUGAGCUAGUCAAAGUCAUCUACCGAGGCGUGCCCGAGAGUCUUCACCUGCCGGCUUCGCAUGGGGUAACGCUUAUAUUGAAUAAACUGGAGAACGAGGGCAAGGUCAAACAUGAGGGCGCGUCGGGGAAAUGGAGCUGGAAUACACAACGACCAGCUUUGUAAGACAGCGUUGUUUAAUUUAUUUC